GCGGGGGGUUUGGUUUCGGUUUGGCGACGGCUGCAAGCGGGGUCGGUGACGGUCGAUAUGGGAGUCCCCAAGUUUUACCGGUGGAUCUCGGAGCGGUAUCCCUGCCUCAGCGAGGUGGUGAAGGAGCAUCAGAUUCCCGAAUUUGACAACUUGUACCUGGAUAUGAAUGGAAUCAUACAUCAAUGUUCACAUCCUAAUGAUGAUGAUGUUCAUUUCAGAAUUUCUGAUGAUAAAAUUUUUGCUGAUAUUUUUCACUACUUAGAGGUAUUGUUUCGCAUUAUUAAGCCCAGAAAAGUUUUCUUUAUGGCAGUUGAUGGUGUGGCUCCAAGGGCAAAAAUGAACCAGCAACGUGGGAGACGUUUUCGGGCAGCAAAGGAGGCAGAGGACAAAAUCAAAAAAGCAUUAGAAAAGGGAGAAAUUCUCCCUGCAGAAGCAAGAUUUGACUCCAACUGUAUUACACCAGGAACUGAAUUCAUGGCCAGAUUACAUGAGCAUCUGAAGUAUUUUGUAAAUAUGAAGAUUUCCUCAGACAAGUCAUGGCAGGGAGUUACUAUCUACUUAUCAGGCCAUGAGACUCCAGGAGAAGGAGAGCACAAAAUCAUGGAAUUUAUCCGAUCCGAGAAAGGAAAGCCAGAUCAUGAUCCAAACAUCAGACAUUGUCUUUAUGGUUUAGAUGCUGACUUGAUUAUGCUUGGAUUAACAAGUCAUGAGUCACAUUUCUCUCUUUUAAGGGAGGAGGUCCGAUUUGGUGGCAAGAAAACACAAAGGGUAUGUGCACCAGAAGAAACUACAUUUCACCUCCUACACUUGUCUUUAAUGAGAGAAUAUAUUGACUAUGAGUUUUCAGCAUUAAAAGACAAGAUUUCCUUUAAAUAUGACAUUGAAAGGAUAAUAGACGAUUGGAUUUUAAUGGGAUUUCUUGUUGGCAAUGAUUUUAUUCCUCAUCUACCUCAUUUGCAUAUCAAUCAUGAUGCACUGCCUCUUCUUUAUAGAACAUAUAUGACUGUCUUGCCAGAACUUGGUGGUUACAUUAAUGAAAAUGGCCAUCUCAACUUACCUCGGUUUGAGAAAUAUCUUAUAAAACUGUCUGAUUUUGAUCGUGAACACUUCAGUGAAGUUUCCGUUGACUUGAAAUGGUUUGAAAGCAAAGUUGGCAACAAAUACCUCAAUGAAGCAGCAGGUAUUGCAGCAGAGGAAGCAGAGAACUACAAACAAAAGAAACUAAAGGGCCAGGAAAACUCCAUGUGCUUGGCUGCUUUAGACAAAACUGAAGAAGAAGUAGUGGCUUCAAAGAGUGUCACGGAAGAUGAACCUGAAGAUGAUGACCUCUUUGAAACAGAAUUUAGACAGUACAAGAGAACAUAUUACAUGACCAAGAUGGGAGUAGAAAUCGUUUCAGAUGACUUUCUGGCUGACCAAGCUGAAUGUUACGUGCAGGCAAUACAGUGGAUUCUGCACUACUACUAUCAUGGAGUUCAAUCCUGGAGUUGGUAUUACCCUUACCAUUAUGCACCAUAUCUGUCAGAUAUUCGCAACAUUAGUGAACUCAAAAUUCAUUUUGAAUUAGGAAAACCUUUCAUGCCAUUUGAACAGCUUCUUGCUGUACUACCAGCAGCCAGCAAGGAUUUGCUUCCAGGGUGCUACCAGCAUUUGAUGACUAGUGAAGAAUCUCCAAUUAUAGAAUACUAUCCUCCAGAUUUUAAAACUGAUCUAAAUGGGAAACAACAGGAAUGGGAAGCUGUUGUUUUAAUCCCAUUCAUUGACGAAACCCGAUUACUGCAGGCCAUGGAAUCAUGCAACAAGUAUUUGAGAGAAGAGGAGAAGAAAAGGAACAGGCAUAGUGAGUGUCUAAUGUACUGGUUUGACCAGGAUGCUGGGUUUAAGUACCCCUCACCCUGGCCUGAGAAGUUCCCAAGCCUUCAGAAGUGCCGUGCCAGGUAUAAAAUAAUAUCUUUAGAUGCUUGGCAUGUAGAUAUUAGUCACACUAAAAUAACUAAAGUUGACCAGAAGGCACUGUAUUUCUGUGGGUUUCCUACUUUAAAGCACAUCAAACACAAGUUUUUUCUGAAGAAAAGUGGAGUACAAGUAUUCCAGCAAAGCAGCCGUGGAGAGAAUAUGAUGUUAGAAAUCCUAGUUGAUGAUGACUCAGAUGAACUUCAAAUAGAAAACGUUGCUUCGUUGGUGCUUGGAAAAUCUGUCUUUGUUAAUUGGCCUCACCUUGAAGAAGCUAGGGUUGUAGCAGUAUCGGAUGGAGAAACUAAGUUUUACUUGGAAGAAACUCAAGGAACUCAGAAGCUUUACUUGGGAAAAAUUGCCCCACCAACGAAAGUGGUUUAUGUUGGCGGUAAAGAACAGUCUAACUGGGUGAAAGAAGUACAAGCAAUUUCAGAACACUACCAGAGAAGAAAAGGAGUAAUAAUAAAUGAAACUUCUGUUGUUGUGUAUGCUCAGUUACUUACCGGUCAUAAAUAUCAAUUAAAUCAAAAUGGUGAGGUUCAUCUGGAGAAACAGUGGUCAAAACAAGUUCUUCCUUUUGUAUAUCAAACUGUUGUCAAGGAUAUCAGUGCUUUUGAGACACAUUUCUCUAACAUCAAAACAUUGGAUGACCUAUUUCCACCUAGAAGUACAGUCUUUAUGCUGGGGACUCCUUACUAUGGCUGCACAGGCGAAGUUCAGGAUUCAGGGGAUGUAAUCACAGAAGGUAGAAUUCGUGUGGUUUUCAACAUUCCAUGUGAACCUCAUCUUGAUGCCUUAAUACAGAACCAGCAUAAAUAUUCUAUAAAAUACAAUCCUGGAUAUGUUUUGGCCAGUCGUCUUGGAGUGAGUGGAUACCUUGUUUCAAGGUUUACAGGAAGUAUUUUUAUUGGAAGAGGAUCUAGGAAAAAUCCCCAUGGAGACCACAAAGCCAAUGUGGGAUUGAACCUGAAGUUCAAUAAGAAGAAUGAAGAGGUUCCAGGCUACACCAAAAAAGUCGGCAGUGAAUGGAUGUAUUCUUGUGCUGUGGAGCAGCUCCUGGCAGAGUACCUUGAGAGGGUACCAGAACUCUUUAGUUACUUAGCUAAGAACAGCCAAGAAGACGUGUUCUAUGAAGAUGACAUUUGGCCUGGUGAAAAUGAGAAUGGUGCUGAGAAAGUUCAAGAAAUUAUUACGUGGCUAAAGGCGCAUCCUGUCAGUGCUUUGUCUCGCUCAUCUUGUGAUUUACAAAUUCUGGAUGCAGCUAUUGUUGAGAAAAUUGAAGAAGAAGUAGAGAAGUGCAAGCAAAGGAAGAGUAAUAAGAAGGUACGCGUGACAGUGAAACCUCAUUUACUGUACAGACCUUUAGAGCAACAGCAGGGGAUUAUUCCUGAUCGGGAUGCAGAAUUCCGGCUUUUUGACCGUGUUGUAAAUGUGAGAGAGAACUUUUCAGUUCCUGUGGGUCUCCGUGGCACCAUCAUAGGAAUUAAAGGAGCUAGUAGAGAAGCAGAUGUGCUUUUUGAAGUAUUGUUUGAUGAAGAAUUUCAUGGAGGUUUAAGGAUAAGGUGCUCACCUGCAAGAGGUUAUCGACUGCCAACAAGUGCCUUAAUUAACCUUUCCCAUGGUAAUCGCUCAGAGACUGGAAAUCAGAAAUUGACAGCCAUAGUGAAACCACAACCUGCUGUGAAUCCAUGCACCUCAAGUUCAUUUGUUGCAACUUCUCAGAAAGCCCAUUUAGGCUCCAGCAGUUCUCCAUCACUUUUGACUCCUCCUCAAGUACCUACUAAAGAUGAUGAUGAAUUUUGCAGUAUUUGGCAGUCAUUACAAGGAUCAGGAAAGCCUCAACAUUUUCAGCAGAAUUCACAGGAGGUUUUGGUUCUACCUCAGGAAAUAAACAGAGGAGCUACUACUGCUCAGUAUCAUAAAUCUGGCUUCAAUGACAGCAGCAUUAAGGGUCAGCAAAGAAAAUGUGACCAAUAUAGAAAAUUCAAAGAAGAUUUUAAAAUUUCUAAGAAUGAAUGUCAGUCACAGAAGACAGCAAAUAAACAGACUUUUGGAGGAACCCCCAAAUGUGAUGUUAAGCUUUUGAAGAGAAAUGAAAGUCCCAGUGCUUCAGAAGUCCAGAAAGUUGUAACUGAUGAUCCAAAGACAGUUGGGAAGACCGACCCUGGAAUUGAGAAUUUCCUAAUAUCCUUGAAAAUCUCCAAGGAGAACGAAGUGCAGUAUGGCGAAGAACCAACAACGAGUGAAGAACAUUUGUCACCACAGUCAUUUGCUAUGAAGGGAACACAGAUGCUUAAAGAAAUUCUGAAAAUUGAUGGCUCUGACCCUGCGGACCACAAGAGUGAAGUAAAACAAUUAGUUAAUGAAGUUAAUGCCUCUUCUAAUAGGAAAGAGGUUUAUGGAUCUUCUUCACAGCCUAGGCAAACCAAGAAGUUAGCUGCUUAUAUGAAUAAGCCUCAUAAUCCAGGAGAUUGUCAUAGUGCUCAAGCGAUAGACAGUUUAGGCCACCCUGUCCUCAAUCAGCAGCCUUCUUUGUCCACACCAGUAUCAGAGCUUUCUCGACUUUGUUCUCUUGUUGGAAUGCCACAACCAGAUUUCAACUUUCUCAGAACACCACAGACAAUGACAGUUUGUCAGGUAAAAUUAUCUAAUGGCUUACUCGUACAUGGACCCCAAUGCCCAUCUGAAAAUGAAGCCAAGGAGAAAGCUGCUUUUUUUGCUUUACAACACCUGAGUACUGUAGGAAUGAAUUUUCCUUUGCCUCCACCAAUGUUUCCCAAUUAUCCACCUGCUGUACCCACCGGAGCCAUUCCUCCAGUAUUUGCCCAACCUACUGGCUGGGAUCACUAUGGAAGCAGCUUAGCCUUUGGGGCAGGUAAUAUAAUGCCUCCAUCUCCUCACAUCUUUGGUUCGGUGCCAUGGGGAUCUCCAAUGCCAAUUCCUGGGAAACCUUAUCACCACCAUGCUCCAUACCCCACAAACAUGCCUCUCACAGGACCAGUGCCAGUUGCACCUCACAAUCAGUUCAUACCUCUUCAGGUUACAAAGAAAAGAGCUGCAAACAAAAGGAACGUUGAGUGUAAGGGAGCCCAAGCUUGUUCUUCUCAGGCCGCCCCUCUUCAAGCAGAGUCCCCAGGGCAUUCAGAAAGUGCCCAGUUAACUUCCCAGGAGAGUUCUUCAUCUUUAAAGUCACCUCAAGUUCCUCCAACUACAGUUUCUUCUCAAGACAGAGUAGCCUCUUCAAGCUCUGGUACUUCUCGUGGUAAAUCAACACCAGGUUCUUCAAGACGAAAACCAAGGAAACUGGCAGUCAACUUUGGUGUUUCUAAACCAUCAGAAUAAAUAUGGUUGCAUACAGUUUCCUCUACCUGAUGCCCAAUUGUUUCUUUUAGUUUUUAUAUGUUCUAGUACAUGAAUAAUGGAUCUGUGCUACAUCAUCCAUGACUUCAACUUUUUAUUUGUUUUAAACAAUGUAAUUAAGUUAAAUUUUCCAGAUAUAUCUUGAAGCAUUUCUUUAUCCUCAUAGAUAUAAAUAUUUUAUAUGUACUGGAAUUUUUCAUUAGAACUUAUACAGAGCAGUAUUUUAUUAAGAAUCCCAAAAGGAAAAUCUUUCUGUGCUCAUUUUGUAGUUUGAUUUUUUUUUAAUACCCUGUCUUUGUUUAUCUGCCAAGUAAAGUGUCUUAAACUUGUAUUUGAAUGGAUCUAGGAUGUAUUUUUGUGUUUAGUGUUAAGUUGUGCAUUUACAGAUUUCUAGCAUGUAGUUUGCCUAAAAGACUGUGCAAAAAGUAUUUUAAAGGAUAUGAUACAUUGGAGGAAUAAAAAGAACCAGCCGUAAGAUUUAAAUGCUGUGUACAUCUGUAAUUAAACAAUUGAUAAUCAUUCUA